GACUUUAUCAAAAAGGAAAAAAAAUAAAAUGGAUGUGCUAGAUUUGUUCCUAGUUGCAACAAGCACCAUAGGCUUCAUUUGUGUGUGCAAAGCCCUCAUCAAAUUUCUCAAGUGGGUAUGGGUGAUGUUCUUGAGGCCACCAAAGGACCUCAAAGAAUACGGUUCAUGGGCCAUGAUAACCGGUUCCACCGAUGGAAUUGGCAAGGCCAUGACCCUUGAAUUGGCCUCCAAGGGACUUAACCUAAUCUUGGUCGGUCGAAACCCUCUAAAGCUUGAAGCCACGUCCAAGGAAAUAAGGGAUCAUGGGCACAAUGUUGAGGUCAAGUUUGUGGUAUUAGACAUGCAAAAGGUUGGUGGGGUGGAAAUGGUGAAGAGAAUAGAGGAAGCAAUAGAGGGUUUGGAUAUUGGUUUGGUUGUGAAUGGUGCUGGCUUGGCUUACCCUUAUGCUAGAUUCUUUCAUGAGGUGGAUUUGGAGCUUAUGGAUGCUAUUGUGAGAGUGAAUGUUGAGGGAGCAACUUGGAUCACAAAGGCAGUGAUUCCCACUAUGAUCAAGAAGAAAAAAGGAGCAAUAGUGAACAUUGGAUCUGGUUCCACAAUUGUGCUUCCUUCGUACCCUUUAGUCGCUCUCUAUGCUGCUUCAAAAGCUUACCUUGCAAUGUUUUCGAGAUGCAUCAGUUUGGAAUACAAACAUCAAGGAAUUGACAUCCAAUGUCAGGUUCCAUUAUUUGUGUCAACAAAGAUGACCAGAAUGAAGACAUCACUUUUUGUACCAUCGCCAGAAACUUAUAGUAAAGCAUGCACAAGAUGUAUUGGCUAUGAAAAACUGGUUGUGCCUUAUUUCCUCCAUUCUGUGCAAGGCUUUCUCAUCAAAGCCAUUCCUGAAACAUUUCUGGAUUCUUAUAUGCUACGCUAUUUUCUUUAUUGGCGUGGAAGAGGACUCUCCAAGGACGCCAAAAUUAAAGCAUCAACAGCAUCUAAUUCUGAAGCAAAUUAAACAUUAAUGAGAAGUGCACAAAUCAAGUCCAAUAGUUGUUCUAACAACAUUUGUGAAAAAGUGUAGGGGAUCAUGGAGAUCCUAAUGGAUGUAUGUUUUUUUUCUCUUCUUUUCAAGAUUUGUCUUUUGAUCAAUCGUUUACCUACUUACCUAUAUUGUUAGUUUUGUUUGUAUUUGGUAUGUGUUUACUUAAUCUAGUUACCAUUUGAAUA